AUGACCAAAAGAAACAUCAAAUUGCCAAGCUAUUUAUCAGAUUAUAUUGUCGGAAACUUUGAUCUGCGAAAAAAUUACUCUCCUCCCAAAUCGUCAUCAUCAUCCUCAGUCCCCAAAUCCACCAAUUCUACUCCGAAAAGAUCAACACGUGGUGCUUCCAUCAAACAAACAAGCAAAGUUUCUGCAAGUCAAUCGACACAAAAGAGAACCAAACAAUCGAAUACUGUAAAGAAACAAAAGAAGGAACAACUGAAAAAUUCUAUUAGAAACGCAGCAAAGCCUUCUUCUUCUUCUUCAGCAGUGAAAACAGUCAAUCCAUACAAUGAUUUCUCUAAUCCAAAAUUCAAAGUUUUCACAUCCACAACUGAAGCAAGAAACAAACUCAUUGAAAAGACUCCAGGUAAUAAGAUAUUGAAGGGUUCCGAUGAUGCUACCAAGUGGGCUCUUUCUUCAAUUCCAUCUUCAUGCAUCUACAAGGGAUUUACUAUUACUGACAUUUUGAAUGCUUGUUAUUAUGUUCCUGGCAAUAAUCAUAAAUUAGAUACUGCCACGAGUGAUCGAGUUCCAUCUGUACAAAUUUGCUUCUCAUUCGAUACAACCAUAUCCAUGACUUCUUACAUUAAUAAUAUGAAGUUCAAGUUGCAAACGAUUUGUCAACAAUUGAUGAAUGAUAUUCGAGGUUUGGAAAUUGCAUUGAUUGCACACGGAGAUUACGAAUCAUGCCGCGAUGCUGGUUCCUAUGUCAUGUACAAGUUAGAUUUCACAACAGAUAUUGAACAAAUCAUUUCCUUCAUUCAAUCUCUAGACAAGACCAAUGGUCACGAUUAUGCUGAAAUGUAUGAAGGUAUUAUCAAAGAAGCCCAAUCACUUUCUUGGGUCUCAGUGGACAAUAGUUAUACUAUUCGUUCAUUAGUCGUCAUUGGAGAUGCAUUCCCUCACAAGAAAGAUGACUGUUUCAAAAUUGACUGGAAAGAAGAAGCUCAAAAUUUGUUUGAUAAUUAUCAUGUUAAAAUUCAUGCUGUGAAAUGUGGUGAAAAACAAAAACCAGGACAUGAAUUCUAUGAAUUGGUCGCUCAAGAAACAGGUGGUACUUGUUACAAAUUAGAUAACUUUGAAAAGACAAUUGAAAUGUUCUGUGGUUUAAUUUAUAGAGAAGCAACAGAACACAACAUGAUGGAUCCAACCAUGCAAGCUCACAUUGCUGGUGCUGCUUCUGGUGAAAUUACAGUUGUGAAACCAACGAUGAGGAUGGAAGACGAGCAUCAUGCUUCAUCUUCAACUGCUCCUCAAAUUCAUGAUUCAUCUUCAUUUACCGAUGGAUAUAUUGUCACCGAUGAUGAUAUUUUGAAAAUUCACAAUGCCAUUCAUGAUACUGAUCAAGAUCAUGUCUGUAUCAACAACAUGUCAUUCCAAAUUCAAAUGAAUGACAGUUCAUGCAGAUACAUACGAGUGGAUGGUGUGGUCUAUAUUGAGCAAAAUAAGGAAAAGAAGACCAAGUAUGCCAAGAUGGCUCUUGAAGGCAAGAAAAUUACUUGGAUUUGUCACUCUGGUAAUUGGGGUCUCAUCAUUGACGAUAAGAUUGAAAAACGAUAA